UGGUGGAGAUAAGAAGGGCGUGUCCGAAGAAGAACACCAGCACCGGUGCCACAGAGUUGUCAUUCAAAAGCACUUUAAGCGGGACGGGAAUACUGGGCGGACCUAAUAUAUGCAUCUGUAUGUAGUGCUCGCACUAGUGUGGCAUCCCCGGAGAGAUUGUGUCCGGGAAUUCAACGCGAUCAGUUUCCUACUUUACACUCCGACCUCCACCCAGCCUGGAGAGAUCUGACCUACAACUACCCCAAUUUUCAAAUGCAAUUUAUUUUCGUAAAAAUGGCGGCUGUGGAGGUUGGUGAUUGUAAAAAUGAUUCCGAUGGCCUGUCUGAGGCAGAAAGUAACUCUGAAGAACUAAUAUCAACUACAGAAAAUACAGCAGACGUCACUUGGAAGGACCUGGGAUUAGUCGACGCCAUCUGCUCGGCUUGCGAGCAGCUGAAAUGGAAAGCACCGACGAAAAUUCAACGAGAAUCCAUCCCUCUGGCAUUACAAGGCAAAGACAUAAUCGGACUGGCAGAAACCGGAUCGGGAAAAACUGCCGCGUUCGCGUUACCAGUUUUACAAGCGCUCCUCGAAACUCCACAGCGUUACUUUGCGCUAGUUCUGACGCCGACACGCGAAUUGGCUUUUCAAAUUUCGGAACAAUUCGAAGCUUUAGGUUCGUCGAUUGGAGUUAAAUGUGCGGUUAUCGUCGGCGGAAUGGAUAUGAUGUCGCAGGCGCUAGUUUUGGCAAAGAAGCCGCACGUUCUAAUUGCGACACCCGGUAGAUUAGUCGAUCAUUUAGAGAAUACCAAAGGUUUUAAUUUGCGUGCUUUAAAGUUUUUAAUAAUGGACGAAGCGGAUCGCAUUCUGAACAUGGAUUUCGAAGUGGAGCUUACGAAAAUUUUGAAGGUGAUCCCGCGGGAACGGCGCACAAUGCUGUUUUCGGCUACUAUGACGAAAAAAGUGCAGAAGCUGCAGAGGGCCUCGUUGCAUGAUCCCGUCAAAGUGGAAGUGUCUACCAAGUACCAGACGGUCGACAAAUUACAGCAGUAUUAUGUUUUUAUUCCCGUGAAAUUUAAGGAUGUUUAUUUGGUGCACAUAUUGAACGAAAUGGCGGGAAAUAGUUUUAUGAUUUUUUGCUCUACGUGCAACAACACUAUACGUACCGCUUUGAUGUUACGUAAUUUGGGAUUUACUGCAGUACCCUUGCACGGGCAGAUGUCGCAAAACAAGAGAUUGGCGGCGUUGACGAAAUUCAAAGCGAAAAACCGUUCCAUUCUGAUCUCAACAGACGUGGCCAGUCGAGGAUUGGAUAUACCUCACGUUGACGUGGUAGUGAACUUCGAUAUUCCGACACACAGCAAAGACUACAUACACCGGGUUGGCAGAACUGCACGAGCCGGCCGAUCUGGUGUGGCAAUCACGUUCGUUACACAGUACGAUGUAGAGCUGUACCAGAGGAUAGAGCAUUUGAUUGGGAAGCAGUUGCCGUUAUAUAAAGUUGAGGAGGAUGAGGUGAUGGUACUUCAGGAACGUGUGGCCGAGGCGCAGCGUGUUGCCAAAAUGGAAAUGAAAGAUAUAGUUGACAAAAAGGGUAAACGGAAAAAAGGCGAAGAUGGUGACGACGAUGAUACAGAAGGUGCCUCAGGUGUGAGAAAACGUCUCAAAUCGAAUAAAAAUAGAAAAAAUAAAAAUAAAUAAAUUUAGUAAAUGUUUUCGGUUAUUUUUGUAAAUAAAAAUGGUGUAUGUUUCUUGUU